UGCUCUGUGUCCUUAUUUGCAUGUUGCGUGUGCUGAUCACCUGCACUCAGGUGUUUAUAGCAGCAGAUUCCUGCAGCAGCUCCUCAGACUGAAGGAGAGAGGACACAGAGACAGGUAGCUGUGAGACUCCACUGAGAAGUUUCUGGUGUGGCUAUCAUGGAGAAGCUGGUGCUCCUGAUGCUGUUGCUUGCAGGAAUAUGUGCAGUUGCCUCCGACCACUUCAGAAAAUACCACUUUGUGAAAGAUAGAAAGAGCUGGUUUGAUGCUCAGAGCUACUGUCGAGAGAAGCACACAGACCUGGCCACCAUUGAAAGCCAGGAAGAAACAGAAAAACUAAAUAUUUCAGCUGGUUUUACUGAUGCCUGGAUCGGCCUGUAUUAUGACAAAGAGAACUGGCAGUGGUCCAAUGGAGACAAUGUGAGCUACUACAACUGGACAUCCAGUCUCAGCUGUACUAGUGUCGAUUCAAAAGGAGAGUGGGUCGACUCAGACUGUCAUAUUAAUAUAUAUUCUUUCAUUUGCUACAAUGACACCAGAGAGAGUUAUAUCCUGAUUGAUCAACCGAAAACCUGGUAUGAAGCUCAGCAGUACUGUAGAACAAACUACACCGACCUGGUCAGCAUAAAGAAUAAUGAUGAAGAUAAGAAAAUAAAGGAGAAAGCAAAUGGAACUGCUGUCUGGAUAGGUCUGUUCAAUAAUCCCUGGAAGUGGUCACUCAAAGGGGAGUAUUCCUCUUUUCACAACUGGGACAAAGGGCAACCAAACAGUGUAGGCAAUAAUAUCUGUGUGGAGAUGUAUGGUACAGACAAAAAGGAAAGAGGUAAAUGGAAUGACGCUGGAUGCAACAAUACCUCGCCCUUCGUUUGCUAUAAUGAAUCCUGUAAAGAAGCUUCCUGCCCUAAAUACCACUUUGAGAAAACUGUUAUGAACUGGUCUGCCGCUCAGACACACUGUAGAGAUAAAUACACAGACCUGGCCACUGUCCACAGCCAAGAGGAAGCAAAGCAACUCUUAGAUAUUUUUAAUAUUAGUACCAAUGCCUGGAUCGGGAUGUAUCGUGAUGUCAGUGAGAACUGGCAGUGGUCCAAUGGAGAUGAAGUCACCUACAACAUGAGACGUGCCAAACUCUUCUGUGCUACAGUCAGUAAAGAUGGAGAUUGGACCGAUUCUCUCUGUCAUGAUACAAAACAUUUCAUGUGUUAUAACAGUAGUAAAGAAACCAGAGAGAGAUAUAUCCUGAUUGAUCAACUGAAAACCUGGUAUGAAGCUCAGCAGUACUGUAGAGAACACCACACUGAUCUAGUCAGUGUAAAGAAUGAGGAUGAAAAUAAUAAAAUAAAGGAGAAAACAAAUGGAAAUCCUGUCUGGAUUGGUCUGUCCAAUAACCCCUGGAAGUGGUCGGAUGGGGGGGAUAAUUACACACCUCAGAACUGGUUAGAAGAGCAACCUGACAAUCAUGAAGGCAAAGAGAAAUGUGUGAUGAUUCGAAACAAAACUAAUACACUUAAAUUGAACGAUGGUUCAUGCAGCUUGAAGCUCCCCUUCUUCUGCUAUGAUGAUCACAUGACAAUCGCAAGGGUCAAACUUACCGCACCAAGAGGAAUGAAUCUUGAAGACCCCAAAGUGAGCGAAGCCAUUUUAAAGCAGAUUCAAGAACAUUUCUCCAAGAAGUUUCCGAUGGACGGUGUUAACAUGCGCUGGAGAAAACAAGACGGAGAGAUUUUUCACAAGGAUGUGGAAGAGGAGGAUGAGGAGGAGGAGGAGAAGUGCUCUGAUCCGUGAGAUACCAGCACAGGCAUCGCAAGUGGGGGUUCAGGGCAUUGUACCAUUAAUCUCUAUUAGAAACAAACUGUAGUCAAAGGCUUUUGACUGUUUUGAUUUUAAUAUUUAAGUAACUAUACAUAAUAUAAUCAGGGGUUCAAAUCAAUAUAAUUGUGAAGUUCAGAAAUAUUUUAAUCUGCAUUAAGAUCAAUAUAAUACUAAAGAGAUUAAACAGAUCUACAUGAAUAGUAGGGUCUGCAAACAGUAUGCGUUGCAAAUGCAUUGCUUCAUUUCUGUAUAAGUUGUAUCAUAAUAUUGGUGUUCUCCUGCAGAUUGAUCAUGUUUCUUUGUACCACAUCAUGCUCCACAUGUUAUCAGAUCUGCAUUUAGAAAUACAGCUCCAAUUUGAAUCCCUGAAUAUAAUGUAAUAAUGCUAGAACAGGGUUUUGAGGUUGUGGUUUAGUUUAAAAUGUAUUUUAUAUUAUGUCCUGGUUUAUAAUUAAUGUGUGUUUUUUUCUGUUAAUUAUACAUUAUAUUGGUGCAAUUCAGAUUUUCAUGAAGGUGGUGGUGGGUGCAUUUAUAAUAAAGUAGCAACUAUAUCCUUAUCAUUUCUAUUUGGGGUAUUGAAGGUAGGGUGUGUUUUAGUGUCACUGCUGGAACACUGGUUUAUAUUAAGGUGGUGGUGGGUGUGCGUUUUCAUUUAUUAAUAAUUCCACGAUUGUUACAUUAGUUACUGGUGCAACUACAAUUUAUAUUAAGGCAUUUGAGUGUGUUUUAGUUGUAUCAUUAAGGUACUACAACUGUUGUGAUGUAAAAGUUUCCUUUACAAUAUAUAUGGUCAAGAAUAUUUGAUAAAAUAAAUGAAUUGAAGAUAUAUUUGUUAUUAUUAUUAUUAUUCAUACAGUACAUGCUAGACAAAAGCAUACAUUGAUAACGUAUUGAGAGAGAGACAUGCAAUAUGGUGUUGAAAAAGAACACUUUCCAAUGUGCAGCCUGCUGGAUGCAAUGCAACAUGUUCAAGGGUGUCUCUGCUUGGUAUGAAAAUAAACAGAUCAUGCACUGGGCAAGGAAACCAGUACAUUGUCACAAUUCAUAGUCUGUAUGUUUUCUGAAUUAUUACAAUAAAGUUUUUAACACAA